CCGGAUUUUGUUGUUUGCGCGCGUUUGUUAAAAACAAAGCAACUGAGUUUUAUUAGACAAAAAUGUAAACUAAUUUAAAAAUCGGCUGCGGGGAUGUGGACUUAGCCGGUCCUGGUUGAGUUUAAAAAAUUAUAUAUAUCGAAAUAAUUUAUAUCAAAUAACGCGAACAUGUCUCAACCGGGGGGCAAAAGGGGAGGUGGGAAAGGACCACCCAAAGACAAGAACGAAGACUCUAAAGAUAAUCAACAAGGAUCAAAAGAGAAGGAUGAGACCGGAAGUAAUCCCGAAGGUGACGACACGCCAAGUUCGAAGCCUCAAAGUGCGGGCGCGAAUGUCAGAGACGCGGCUCAAAGGAUAUUGACGCUCUGCCAAAAGGGCGAAUGGGGUCCUGUUGAUCAAGUCCUAAAAUCAAUGGAGAAAGCAAUGGCCAGUGCGGGAGAGGACGCCAAUACGAUACCGUUGGCGGGAGUAGCGGACUUGGCAACCGGAAUGACCCCUUUAAUGUACGCGGUCAAGGAUAACAAAACAGCCUUGGUAGAUAAGUUGAUAGAUUUGGGAUCUGAUGUUUGCGCAAGAAACAAUGACAACUACAAUGUUCUACAUAUAGCAUCGAUGCAUUCCAGAGAAGACGUGGUGAAAUUACUACUUGGAAAAAAGGGCGUAGAUCCUUAUUCGACCGGCGGUAGCAGGAACCAAACAGCAGUGCAUUUAGUAGCAUCUAGACAGACGGGCACUGCCACUGCGAUAUUGCGAGCACUACUUCAAGGGGCUGGCAAAGAUAUCCGGUUGAAAACUGACGGUAGGGAAAAAAUUCCACUUCUUUUAGCAGUCGAAGCCGGAAACCAGUCGAUGUGUAGAGAGCUGCUAAGCGCCCUCACUUCCGAACAAUUAAAAGCAUGCGCAGCAAACGGCGAUACUGCGCUCCAUCUCGCCGUUAGAAGAAAAGACAUUGAUAUGGUUCGGAUAUUGGUCGACUAUGGUACCAACGUUGACAUCCGCAACGGCGAGGGACAAACACCGCUUCACAUCGCAGCCGCAGAAGGCGACGAAGUAUUGGUGAAAUACUUCUACGGAGUACGAGCGUCCGCUAGCAUCACCGACAACCAAGAUCGCACACCGAUGCACCUGGCGGCCGAAAAUGGCCACGCCAAUAUUAUCGAGCUGCUGGCGGACAAAUUCAAAGCCAGUAUUUUCGAACGGACGAAAGACGGAUCGACUUUGAUGCAUAUCGCGUCCUUAAACGGACAUGCCGAUUGUGCGAUGAUGCUCUUUAAGAAGGGAGUUUAUCUGCACAUGCCCAAUAAGGAUGGCGCGAGAAGUAUCCAUACGGCGGCAAGAUAUGGACACGUGGGGAUUAUCAAUACAUUGUUGCAAAAGGGAGAGAAAGUAGACGUUACGACAAACGAAAACUACACCGCUCUGCACAUUGCGGUUGAAUCUUGCAAACCGCUAGUGGUGGAAACGCUCUUGGGUUUUGGGGCCGAUGUCCAUAUUAGAGGUGGAAAACUUAAGGAAACCGCGUUACAUAUCGCGGCGAGAGUGAAGGAUGGCGAGAAGUGUGCCUUAAUGCUUCUCAAGUCCGGAGCGGGACCUAACCUCGCUACUCACGACGGCAACACACCGGUUCACGUUGCGGCAAAAUACGGAAACCUGCAAACACUGUUGUUACUGUUAGCAGAUGGUGGUGAUCCUGUGUACAAAAAUAAGAAAGGCGAAACUCCUUUACAUUUGGCCAGUAGAAACUGCAAACCUGACGUAGUAAACCAUUUAAUAAAUUACGUGAAAGAACAUAAGGGUGAAGAUAAAGCUUCCGCUUACGUGAACGAGACCACUGAAAACGAUGAAAGUGCCUUACAUUACGUCUGCAUUGUAACAAAAGAUGAAGUAGCCACGCCUCAUUCGGACAGAGAAGUGGUGAAAUUACUUCUUGAAAAUGGCGCAGAUAUAAGACUCCAAACGAAGCAAUACGAGACUGCGUUCCACCGGGUUGCCUCGGCCGGUAACAACGAAGUUCUCAUGGAAAUGAUUGCCCAUAUGACGCCUACUGACGCUCAAAAGGCCCUCAACAGGCAAAACGCGAACGGAUGGACCCCUUUACUAAUCGCGUCACACAAAGGCCACAUAGAUUUGGUGAACAACCUAUUAGCGAACCACGCGAGGGUUGACGUAUUCGAUUUGGAGGGUCGCUCGGCGCUCCACCUGGCUGCCGAACACGGUUUCCUCCACGUCUGCGAUUCCCUGUUGACCAACAAGGCGUUCAUCAAUUCGAAAUCGCGCAAUGGAAGAACGGCGUUGCAUUUGGCAGCCAUGAACGGUUACGUUCACUUAGUGGAGUUUUUAAUAAAAGACCAUAACGCCGUAAUAGAUAUCUUGACACUCAAGAAACAAACCCCUCUACAUUUGGCAGCCGCUGCGGGUCAAAUAGAGGUAUGCAAGCUGCUACUAGAGCUGGGAGCCGACAUAGACGCUACCGACGAAGACGGCCAGAAACCCAUUCACGCCGCUUGUCAAAACAACUUCUCGGAAGUCGCCAAAUUGUUCCUCCAACACCACCCGAGUCUCGUCAUGGCAACGACCAAAGACGGAAACACGUGCGCCCACAUCGCCGCCGCUCAAGGCAGCGUCACCGUCAUCGAAGAACUCAUGAAAUUCGACAAGCAAGGGGUCAUAAGCGCCCGCAACAAAAUAACCGACGCGACCCCUUUGCAAAUGGCGGCGGAAGGCGGUCACGCUGAAGUCGUGAAAGCUUUGGUGCGCGCUGGAGCUUCCGUGGUCGAAGAAAAUAAAGGCGGGUUUACGGCGGUUCAUUUGGCAGCCCAACACGGUCACCUGCAGGUGCUGGAAGUGCUCAGGUCGUCAAACAACUUGAGGGUCAUCAGUAAAAAGCUGGGUGUCACUCCUCUACAUGUGGCCGCUUAUUUCGGACAAGCGGACACCGUGAGGGAGUUGUUGACUCACGUCCCCGGCACAGUCAAGUCGGAACAGCCCAACGGGGCCUCUCUGGUGCCGGCAUUGGGCAACGAAUCUGGCAUGACGCCGUUGCAUUUAGCGUCGUUUUCGGGGAACGAGAAUGUCGUCAGACUGUUGCUGAACUCGGCAGGAGUACAAGUAGACGCAGCUACCCACGAGAACGGGUACAAUCCUAUCCACUUGGCGUGUUAUGGAGGGCACGUGACAGUCGUCGGUCUUUUGCUAAGUAGAUCGGCCGAGCUCUUGGAAAGCAAAGACAAGCAUGGUAAAACGGGUCUUCAUAUAGCAGCGACGCACGGCCACUACCAAAUGGUCGAAGUGCUGUUGGGUCAGGGCGCGGAAAUCAACGCCCCCGACAAAAACGGCUGGACACCGCUGCACUGCGCGUCAAGAGCGGGAUGUUUCGAAGUGGUAAAAUUACUGGUCGAAUCGGGGGCCUCUCCUAAAUCGGAAACUAACCUGGGAGCGGUUCCCAUUUGGUUUGCCGCGUCGGAAGGACAUUAUGGAGUACUCGAAUACCUUAUGACUAAGGAACACGACACCUACACUCUAAUGGAAGAUAGAAGGUUUGUCUACAAUUUAAUGGUUUGUUCGAAAAAUCACAACAACCGGCCGAUAGAGGAAUUCGUGUUGGUAUCGCCGGCUCCGGUCGACACGGCUGCCAAACUGUCAAAUAUUUUGAUUGUGCUGUCGAACAAAGAGAAAGAGAGGGCGAAGGAUUUGAUUGCGGCGGGCAAAUUUUGCGAGGCUAUGGCCACCGAGCUUCUCGCUUUGGCUGCGGGGGCGGACUCUGCGGGGAAAAUACUAACCGCCACCGAUAGAAGAAGCGUGGAAUUUCUCGACGUCCUCAUCGAGAACGAGCAAAAGGAAGUCAUAGCUCAUACGGUGGUGCAGCGAUAUCUCCAGGAACUUUGGAGGGGAGCCCUCAACUGGACGGCCUGGCGGAUCUUACUCCUUUUCGUUCUGUUUAUCAUUUGUCCCCCAGUGUGGAUCGCGUUCACCCUGCCAUUAGGACACAAAUACUACAAAGUGCCUAUUAUAAAGUUUAUGUCGUAUCUAACUUCGCAUAUCUACCUUAUGAUUUUACUAUUAUUUGUCGGUAUCACACCCCCCAACCCAAGCAUAUACAGAACUAGCAUGUUCCCCCAGUGGUACGAGUGGAUUUUGCUGAUAUGGCUGAGUGGUCUUUUGCUAUUCGAACUCACGAAUCCCAGCGACAAGUCGGGAUUGGGUUGGAUCAAAAUUUCGGUACUUUUGUUUAGCAUAUUUGGCGUUGGGGUUCACAUGCUCGGAUUCGCCAGAAUAGUUGCGCAGCCAUAUUGGCCGACGUUGAUGUACUGCCGGAACCAAUUGUUUGCUUUGAGUUUUCUAUUAGCGUGCGUGCAGAUACUGGACUUUCUGUCGUUUCACCAUUUGUUCGGUCCGUGGGCCAUUAUCAUCGGAAACUUGAUGAAAGACCUAGCGAGGUUCCUCGCCGUGUUGGCGAUAUUCGUGUUCGGGUUCUCGAUGAUGUUCGUGGCAUUGAACCAGCCGUUUGAAAAUAACCCACCGAGGAGCAAAUCGAAGCAAGUUUUGUUUGUUGAUGAAAUUGCGUCAUUAAACGAAGAUACAGAGUGGAUUACGCCACAUUCCGCUGCGAACGAGCGAAAGGCCGGAGUAAGAAAAAAACGCCCCCCUCUAGAAAUUGAUACACCCGAAGGGAUUAUCAUGAAUCCCCUGUAUGCGUUCGAACUACUGUUUUUCGCCGUCUUCGGCCAAACGACCUACGACGAGCUUACAGUCAAAGCGAGACCGGGACAGCCGCUCUUCCGACCCAAAUGGACCGAUAAUCUAUUCAAGAUACUUUUCGGGAUAUACAUGCUUGUUUCCGUGGUGGUACUCAUCAAUCUACUGAUUGCCAUGAUGUCGGAUACAUAUCAACGCAUCCAGGCCCAAUCCGACAUUGAAUGGAAAUUCGGGUUGAGCAAGUUGAUUCGUAACAUGCACAGAACCACCACCGCCCCGUCCCCGAUCAAUCUAAUCACUACGUGGUUGUUUUACUUGGUAGACAUCUGCAAAAAGCGCGAUUUUGUUUUAGUGAGGGCGAAAAAGCGUCAGAGUUUGGUGCAUCUCAUGGGCAGUUUCCAGAAACAAGCUCAGCUGAGUCCGAGAUCGAAGGCCGGCGCCAAAUGGCUGUCUAAGGUUAAGAAGGGCAGACAAAUUGCUCCCAAGGAAUCGAUAGCCGUGGGUCAGAUGACUCCGCUCGGGUCUCAGUUGAGCUUCACGGUUCAUCACACGAGGAUCGAACACGUCACGGACUGGGAAUCGAUCGCGAAGAAAUAUAGAGCCCUCAUGGGACAAGUCGAUGAGGUUAAGGAGUCUUCGAAUGAAGAAGACGACGUGGAAGAUGAAGAUAACGGCGCUUCAAAUGCGAUGCCGCAAAUGAUACCGUCGUCGUCACUGGGAUAAAUGGGAUAAAACUUUAAAGAUGUCAGGUCGGAAGAAACCUUCGUGAAGCGACAACGUUGUAAUUGAUAUAACGCCAUCAAUAUUUACUGAACUGGUAAAUGUUUGGCGAUAAUUUGAUACAAAUUUUGAUACAAAAUUAAAUUUCAAUAGUUUGUAAAAACUGUCUAGGGAAAAAUUAGUGCAAACGUUUACACCAAAUACUAAUUUUAACUGGAACUGUCGGAUUCUUAUGGUUAGCUGUUUUUUUUUAUAUAAAAUUCGCUAAGUUUUUUCGUUUUGCUGAUAAAUUGUUCCGGUAGUAAGAAAACGAAAGUUUUAUUACACUUCUUUUAAGUUUUCAGGUAAUUUCGAGAAAAUUUCUUUCAAAAUUAAAUGUUAUAUCUUUCUUGUAUGGGGUGUCGCACAUUAUUUAUUAAUUUAUUUACUCCGACAAGCGAAGACGCUGUCCAAACAUAUGUUAAUACUUACAUAGUCGAAAAUACAAAAAUAAACUUAAGUAGCCAUUUCUAAGUUACGUUACACAUUAAACAAAUUUAGAUUUAAGUAAAAUGAAUCAAUAUCUUCGCUGUUCAGUAAAACAAGGUUGUGAUACGUACGAGCAUAUCUAAUAAUUGAAGAGUUUGAACUGUAACGUAAGUAAUUUGUAGCAUCGGAUGACCAAUUAAGAAGGUCAUUCGGUUUUUCCCAGAAAAGUUAUCGUCGUAAACACUUGGGGUGAAAAAAUUGUGACUGAAACUUCCAAGAGAAAAUGUUGAAAUUUUUUUUAAAGUAUCUAGAAUAGCACCACGACGCGCAAUCGCAAACUAACUAAAGCUUUUCAAGUUGGAAAAAAUGCGAUUUUAUCUUUUAAAUGGUUUUUGCGCCAUCAGUUAAGGAAAAGAUUGGGGAGGGGGGUGAGGGGUAUUCGAACAUUUUCUGAAAACAGUUUCUGAACUACUGAACGCAUUUGGACAAACUUGGAAUUGUUAAAAAGGACUCUUCUUAGGCUAUUAACGUUAAUCUAAGCAGAUUAAUUUGACUGUUUGAAUCGCCGUUAAAGAGCGUUUUAUGACAUUCCUAUCUGUAAAGUUAAUUUUCUCAAAAACAUGCGGCGAUAACACUUUUGUUGCAACAAAAUAUGAAAAGAAGAAGAAAUAAUGUCGCAUCUUUGGAAAUAUUUUGAGUAUCUCUCUUUGGCUGUUAACUCUCGAAAGACAUUAAGUUUAAGUGGUUAAUUUUUGCUUAGAUUUAGUUAAAAAAAUAAAAAAAAUUGUAGAAAGUGUAUUUUUAUAAUAGCAAUACUUCUGUACAAUAUAUUAUAUUUCCGUUUUUAAGAUAAUAAAUAAAAACAUUAUUAUUCAGCCAUACUUUUAGCACGACAUGUUUAUAUGACAAAUUUUUAUAUACGAAACUGCCCUGUAUUUUAAACAAGAAAUCAUCCCCUGAAGUUGUCGCAUCUGUUUUGAAACAGCCUUUUAUUGGACAAAAUUGAACAGAUUUAGUAUUAAAUCGAUAUAUAAUAGAUAUGCCAAAAAAACUUGUUGAAUGAAAAAAGAAUAAUGAAGAAGAGCAAUAAUUGAGCAAAAUAAUAACAAUGAAUGAAAAAAGAAUAAUGGAGAAGAACAAUAAUUGAGCAAAAUAAUAACAAAUAAUAACAAAAAUUGUAAAAAAAUACAUCAAAUUUACAAACAAAAAUUUUAAAUAUAAAUAUAACACUAUUUUACGUAGAUGUUCAGUCCUUGUUGUCAAGUUGGUUUGAUAAAAAGGUUAAGACAGGAUUAGCUAAACCGAUACUAAUAAUCGAAAUAACCCUAAAAAUUAUUAAAAAGUGGACACCCUGUGCGAUUCACUAAACCGAACGACAUUGUAACCCGAUAUCGAUUCUGAAAUUUAAUUAGAUAUCUUCAACAGACUGAUGUCAUCCUGCUAAAUGUAACUUUCCAGAUUACUUUUGUUUAAAAAACGUAUUAAAUAAAAUCAUUUCACUAAAAAUUAUUAAAAAGUGGACACCCUGUGCGAUUCACUAAACCGAACGACAUUGUAACCCGAUAUCGAUUCUGAAAUUUAAUUAGAUAUCUUCAACAGACUGAUGUCAUCCUGCUAAAUGUAACUUUCCAGAUUACUUUUGUUUAA